GCGGCUGAUCAAUAACAAAGCAAGCAGCGAAAAGUUAAUCUCGAACAAACGAAGAAAAAGAAAAGCUUAACCGUACCGCAACCGGGAGCUAUGGAAGGUGGAAAUAGCGGAGGUGGAGGUAUUGAAUUCGCCGGCGGAAUAGGAAGUACGAGCUUCGACGACCUACCAGAGGGAUGCAUCGUCAAUAUCCUUUCGUUGGCUAGCCCGGUCGACGCUUUGCGAUUGUCCAGGGUAUCGUCGUUGUUCAGAUCCUCGGCCAACUCCGAUGCCUUGUGGGACAGGUUUCUGCCCUCUGAUUACGACUCGAUCAUUCCCAAUUCCGCCGAACUUCCGUCAUUCUCUUCGAAGAAAGAACUGUUCCGCGCGCUUUGCAGUCGCCCGAUUUUCUUCGACGACUGCAAGAAGAGCCUUUGGUUGGACAAAGAGAGUGGCAAGAAAUGUUACAUGCUUGGUGCUAGAGGUCUCUCCAUUGAAUCAAGUGACAGUCCUCACCAUUGGGCUUGGAUCAAAGACAAAGAUUCCAGAUUUCCCGAGGUUGCUGAGCUCAAAUCCGUCCCUGCCCUCGACAUUCGCGGUGAAAUUACUAGUUCCAUGAUGUCUCCUGGAUCAAGAUAUGCUGCAUAUCUUGUGUACAAGCUCCAGAGAAAUGCGUUUGACUGCCUUUUGGUGGAGACCUCUGUUGGCGUUGCUGGAGCCGAUUCCACAAUUUGUCUGAAUAUUGAUGUGGAACCCUUCUGGCAUCAUCAUCGAAACAGUAAUGCAGUGCUGGGAUUGAAACGCCCGAAGAAGAGGAGAGAUAAAUGGUUGGAGAUCGAGUUGGGGGAGUAUUUCAACGAGGCUGCUAAGAGCGGGGGAUUGGAGCCGGUUGCCAUCCAAGUGAAGGCUGGAGGAGAAACUUGGGGGUGCGUCGUCAUUGAAGGAAUCGAAAUUAGGCCUGCAAUUGGUCAGUGAUUUUAUUACAGUCGUCGAAGUUCAAUUGUACAUGAAAGAUAAGAAUAAGGUCUAAUUUUCAUUAGAUUCAGCAUCUUAGUAAGAAAAUAGCCAAAUAACAGCACAUAAUAGUUGUCUUUUGAUCAGAUUUUCAAGUGGAUUCAUCUUAAAUGAAUGAUUAGAAAGCUAAGUUUUAUCUAAAAUUCAUAAGGUCUCAUAUCCAAAAUAAAAAAUUAUCUAACCAUUUGCCCAUAAAAAUCUCUUCACUCUUCCUUCCCAUGUAUGAUCUAUGGAUCUGCAAUCUUUAAUGUGCCUCUCUUAGGGAAUGAACAUAUUAAUCUUGUUAUCUAAUUCUAAACAAAAUUCUCUUACUCGAUAAAAAUUAUACAUAACAAUUGAAUUGUCAAGAAAUGAACAUAUAAAUCUCCUUAUCUAGUUCUAAACAAAAUUCUUGUACUUUGAGGUGGCAAUUAGGAUCCAUAUCUACGAACCCAAUCCAUCCACCUAAUUCAAUCCAUUUGAUCUAAAUCUAAUUGGAUUAGUGGAUCCAUGGAACCAAAUGGCAAACUAUGGGGUUUUUUUAUCCAAGAUAAGCCCACAGGGCAUGGCUGCACAACAAUAAUAGAAACUGAUAAAAAUAAAGAACGAUUGUCCGUAUGCAACCGGACUCCCGAAGAAAGAGCUUGUUAUGCCUUGAGGUGGGCAGCUCUAGGAAAACUCCAAUGAGCAAGCUAUGGUUUAGUACCUAUACUUUUUAUAAUUUACAUUUUGGUAUCUAAAGUUUAUCAUUUAUACGAAAAAUAUCAUUGAAAAAUUAUUUGGUGCCUAAAAUAUUUCCAUUAUGACAUUUUAAUACCUAAUUUUUUCAAAUUUUACAUAAUGGUCCAAGAUUUUGAAUGUCAUUUGAAUUCAUAGAUCAAUUCGCCUAUCCAUUUAAUCCAUGAAUUUACUAAUCCAAUCCACCAAUCUAGAAAUCCAAUUCAUUUACGUCCAGAACUAUCAAACACUCACAAAACUCAAACCUCAAAUUGCCCAAUAGUGCUAACCCUGCUGGACACCACAUUGCCUCGUUCCCAUUGGGUCCUUUCCAAGUUUCCUUAUUCUCGUCACUUGUCAAAACAAAAACUUGCCCCCUAUUUUCAUAUAACAAAGGACUGUGGCUCUUUCUCUUGGGAAAUUUCCUUGGCCACAUUACAUUUCCUUUACUGCGCUGUAGCAGCACAGCACACGCAUGCCCGCUCUCACUUUCCUCUCUAUUGCCAUUUUCCUGUUCUCUUGGUGGUGUUCAUAUGCAUAUACCAUCACCUUCAAUAUUAUGGCCUAUGGUUGGUUAACAUUUUGAUGAAAGUUCAUAUGGGCGACAAGUUGCCUGGCCUCUGUGCGUGCAAAUCUUGCCAUUCUCAGCUAAAACGACACAUCAAUAUUACGUGGGCCCAAAUGGGAUGGCCCAUAUAUAUAGGCUCUCAUGGCCCAAAGUGGGGGGACAACAAUCAAUCACAGUGCAAUUGAAGGCUUGUGAUUUCUUGAAGACGAGAAAAUUAGAUUGCGACUUGUAAGGUUACGAAUUAAAGAUUAUAGGAUCUUAGACUCGGUAGUCAGUUUUUCAGGUUGAUAUGGCUUGAUGGGAUACUCAGUGAUAAAUCCUUGUGUGUAGAUCUAACUGUCGAAAGUAUAGCGAGAAUUAACGAUGAGACAUUAGCAUUAAUCCAUGCAUACAAACGUCCAUUUUAUAUCAAUACGAUUGACAUAUUGACUAGUCUUUUACGCAUUUGUGAUCAUCAUUUUGUUAUGCGAGUUUGAACCGAUAUUUUUUGUAACAUUUACAUGUAGAUCUAACUGUUAAAAGCAUGAGGAUAGACGAUGAGACGGAAUCAAUAAACUUAUGCGUAUAUG